ACAAAAGCAAGCCAGACAACAACAAAACAGAAAACGACAAAAACAAAAGAGAAAACGACAAAAACAAAACAGAAAACGACAAAACAAAAGAGAAAACGACAAAAACAAAACAGAAAACGACAAAAACAAAACAGAAAACGACAAAAACAAAACAGAAAACGACAAAAACAAAACAGAAAACAACAAAAACAAAACAGAAAACGACAGAAACAAAACAGAAAAUGACAAAAACAAAACAGAAAAUGACAAAAACAAAACAGAAAACGACAAAAACAAAACAGAAAACGACAAAAACAAAACAGAAAACGAAAAAAACAAAACAGAAAACGACAACAAUAAGACACAAAACAAAAAAGGAGACAGAAGUAAUACAUUUUCUCCAUGGAUUAUUUGAAAUUUGACAUGAAAUGUUUUCCAGUUUGGCUGCACAGUGGAGUAAGUGCUUAGCACUGUCGCCUUGCAGCAAGAAGACCCCGGUUCAAAUCCUGGCCUGGGAUCUUUCUGCAUGGAGUUUGCAUGUUCUCCCUGUGCAUGCGUGGGUUUUCUCCGGGUACUCCGGCUUCCUCCCACAGUCCAAAAACAUGCUGAGGUUAAUUGGUUACUCUAAAUUGUCCGUAGGUGUGAAUGUGAGUGUGAUUGUGUGUCUGUAUAUGUAGCCCUGUGACAGACUGGUGACCUGUCCAGGGUGUCCCCUGCCUUCACCAGAGUCAGCUGGGAUAGACUCCAGCACCCCCCAUGACCCCAGUGAGGAUAAAGCGGUGUAUAGAGGAUGAAUGGAUGGAUGGAUGGAUGGAUGUUUUCCAGUUCUUAAUGACUCAAAUGUGUGUCUGUGGUUGUGAAACAUUCCAGGGAUUCCAGAUGUUAACAGCAGCAGGUUUGAUCCUGCAGAGAAACGUCACAUAAUGAGGUACUGCAGUACAGCUGAGAGUACUACAAUACUUCUAUUUACUACUCUUGGUGGUUUUUCUUCCUUCUGAGUACAUUUGAUGUCAUUCUGUGUCUCAGUUCUUUCCUGUGGUCUCAUUUUGGUUGUUUUGAAUCUAUAUUUUUUUGGGGGGGGGGUUGUUUUCUGUGUGUUUGUUGCUCUUUUGUCUUGUUUCAAAACGAGAAAAGGUUUUUCAUUUGAGCAUAUUUUUACCUCACUGUUUUUUGCAGCAGUGGGGGUUUCUGGGUAUUUUCUCACCCACACACAGUCCACAUUUUAUAGGAUCAGAGGAUGGGGGUGUAAGUAGGGUACCAGGUGGAGAGAGGUCAGUGUGUCCAGCUGCUAAUCAGAGGCAGGAGGUCAGACAGAGAACAGCAACAGGAGACUGAAGAAGGAGUCAGAUAGACAGCAGAUAACAGAGAAAGAGCAGAGGACGGCAGGAAGGAGGGCAGCAAAAGGUCUGCUACCGCCCGCAUCAGCACACUCUCUGUCUAUAGGUGUCCUUCCGCCCGACGGCUCUUCCCGGUGCUCAGACUCCCGGUGCUGCGGCUCAGUUACCGGGGGAUGGAGUGUCAGGACGCCGCCGUGUCCGGUCUGAGCUGGACCCUGAUCGUGGGGGGCGGACUCUACCUGUGGAGGCAGACCCGGACCGUGGCUCCGUACGGCCGCUACGUGGAGGCGAACCGCUGCUGCUGCCCGGCCCGGCUGGCCUGGUUCCUGCAGGAGGUCCCGUCCUUCCUGCUGCCGCUGCUGCUGCUGUCCGGACAGCGGGACGCCGAGCGGCAGGACGCCGGGAGAAGGCUGCUGCUGCUGGGGAGCUUCAUGCUGCACUACUUCCACAGGAGUUUCAUCUACGCCUUCCUGACCAGAGGACGACCUGUCCCGCUGCUCAUUGUCCUCUAUUCUGCCAUCUUCUGCUCGCUCAAUGGCUUCCUGCAGGGACACUACCUGCUGCACUGCAGCCGCCUGGAGGACACCUGGCUGACCGACGCCCACCUGGCUGCAGGUUUACUGGUGUUUGUGGUCGGAAUGACCGUCAACAUCCACAGCGACCACAUCCUGCGCAGCCUCAGAAAACCUGGAGAGACCGUCUACAGGAUCCCCCAUGGUGGGAUGUUUGAGUUGGUUUCUGGAGCUAACUUCUUUGGGGAGAUCGUCCAGUGGUGUGGUUUCGUUGUAGCUGCCAGGUCUCUACCAGCCUUCGCCUUCUUCUUCUUCACCGUCUGCUCCAUUGGGCCCAGAGCCUACCAGCACCACAGAGAUUAUCAACUGCGGUUUGAGGACUAUCCUCGCUGCAGGAAGGCUCUGGUCCCCUUCAUCCUCUGACCCUAACCAUGUCUGUCGUAUUAAUCUGUACUGUCAAUCUGCUUUAUUAAACUAUAAUAUUGAUCUUUGUUGUUGCUGAUGCUAUUGUCUGGUGUGAAGCUGCAGAUGGUGACAAAGUGGAAAUAAAUGAAAUGAAAGGAC